GCAAGCCUCGGAAUUAACCUUCAUCUCCCUAAACACCAAAGAGAGGAAGCUACAAUCAAAGCAUGUUUGUUGCGCAAUUAACGAAUAUGCCAUGCUUUUGGCAGUUACGAAGAUUCAUACGUGGCAUUACCAUCCAUCAGACGCGUCAUCGCUCUCUCGAAUCCCAGAGUAUUCGCAUUACAAAGCCCAACUUCCUCUUCUUUUCUUACGUCUUCUCCUUCUCCAUUGGAGUCUGCGGAGCAGCAUCAAUGGAGUCCUGGACGCUGAGGACGAAGAGCCUCGUGUAUAGAGAGCACGAAAGCUACAGUGGAUAUAGCGGCUUGUUCAGUUGGUGGGACGAGAUGGAAGAAUCUGCGGAUCUGCAACGAGGCAUUUUCUAUUUCUUGUGUGCGUGUUAUGCAUUGCUCUCCUUUGUGGCACUGGUACAACUUAUCCGUAUCCAAUUGAGAGUACCAGAAUAUGGCUGGACAACACAAAAGGUUUUCCACUUGAUGAAUUUUCUUGUGAAUGGAUUGAGGGCUGUGCUCUUUGGCCUCUACAAGAGUGUCUUUCAUAUUAAGCCAAAGACUCUUGAAAUAGUGAUUUUGGAUCUUCCUGGUCUUCUGUUUUUUUCGACAUAUACAUUACUUGUGCUGUUCUGGGCUGAGAUAUAUCACCAGGCACGAAGCCUUCCCACUGAUAAACUGAGGCCUACAUAUUAUAUUGUCAAUGGAGUUGUAUACUUCAUGCAGGUUUUUAUCUGGAUAUAUAUGAGAUUAAGCCAGAGUCCCAUUGCUGUGGAAGCUGCCAGGCUCUUCUUCGCAGUUAUUUCAUUGUCCGCUGCUCUGGGAUUUUUGGUAUACGGUGGAAGGUUGUUUGUAAUGCUGAGACGAUUCCCUAUAGAAUCUAGAGGUCGUCAGAAAAAGCUUUAUGAGGUUGGCUGUGUUACUGGAGUGUGCUGUACAUGUUUCUUGAUAAGGUGCUUUAUGUCUGCUUUAUCAGCUUUUGACGAGGAUGCUGAUAUUGAUGUCUUGGAUCAUCCCAUUUUAAACCUCAUAUAUUACAUGUUGGUAGAGAUCUUACCAUCUGCUUUGGUACUGUUCAUCCUAAGGAAGCUACCUCCAAGGCGUGUCUCGGAUCAGUAUCAUCCAAUCAGAUGAACGAUUUGACUGCUUUAAGUUGCGACGGUCAGGAAUC